GAACAACAUCUUUAGAGUCAUUCACAUGGAGCAAAGUUAUGGAUGAAUGGACUGAGAUGGCACCAACAUUUAAAGAAUUUAUUUUAAAAUGUGGUGUAUCUAAGAGGGCUGCAUCAAAUGACACAAAGAAGAUAGCACAGAGAGAGUGUAAAUUGGUCAUGGCUGGAUGUUUACUAUUAUUUGCAAGAUCCAACAAAAUGAGUGCUGCUCAGUAUUUUAAUAGUCUGAUCAUGGCUGGUGGGAACUGUGAUGCUAUGGUGUACAGAAGACUAAAUGCUAUUGGUGUCUGUAUGUCACAUACAUCUGUGAUGAACAAGUUAGAUAAUUUUACAGCUAUAUGUGAUAAACCUGUCAGAAGAUGGAAAUCUGAUAUAGAACAACAGUGUAUUGGUGUUACUGCUACUGUACAAACAGAGAGCAGUAUUAGUGCAGGCUAUUCGGUCGUAUUUGAUAAUCUUGACUUGAACAAGAAGGCCCGACAUAUGACUGGAGAACACAGAAAUCAAGACUUUCACUUUGUCAACACUUACGCAGUUAAAGAUCGUGUAAACUGUGAAAACCUGCCAGACGAUGCUCCAAUCUGUGACAUCUUGAAAUUGCCAAACACUGUAUUUCUACCAACCGCAGCAGAUCAUAAAGCAUUAAAAUCUGACUUUGCAGAAAUAAUCAUCAGAAUUAUUGUACAGGAGAUGUCUUUUUUUACUAAACAUUUCAGUAAUACUAUGGUACGUCAUAUACCGCACACAUACUCGGAAGAGUCAUCUGUAAAGUCUGAAUUGAUCCCUCUUGGAAUACUUAUAAAGAAUGAGUGCAAAACAGAUGAGUGUAUAGACGUGCUCAAGUUUCUUCACCAGUAUGUACCUGGUUCGAGUUAUCAGAACCAAGAUGUUCCUCCCCCCAACAAUGACAGUCUGAGUGAAGAUGAAAGAACUGAUGUUACAGUCAGUGGAGACAGGGAGUCUGAUGAAUCUGUGAAUGUUGAUAGUCCACUCAGCAUAUCAGAGUACGCUGAAAUCACAAAUGAGAAUUGUGAACAUGGUCCACUUAAGAAGAUUGUUUGUACUGGUGAUCAGUUAAGCGUUGAGAGAGCAGUCAAUGCAUAAGAAUGUGUCAUGUUCCAGAGGACACCAAGUGAUAGAUUAGAGGGACUUGAGAUGAAAAUAGCAGACUGGCAUGCCGAUAAAAUCUAUUUAGAGACAAUCUGGAAU